UGAAUUUGGAAUACUUAGUUGUACUUUAUCUGAGACGCAAGUAAGGAUUAAACUCAGCGAAUAUGAGCUCAUUAUUUCGAAGCCUAAGUGGAGUAUCUAGUAAACGAGAAAUUGCAGUAAAGGAGGCAAUUUUGGAAGCACUGCAAGAGAAUGUGAAGGAGAUAGAAUACGAUGUUCAAGACAAAGGAGAAGGAACGAUUAUUGAACUUUGUGAAAGUUCCAAUAACUUGGUAACAACAAUAGAAGCUGUCUUUCUGCAUGGCCUUAAGGAUUCAUUUCUAUGGCAAACUUUAAGCAUUAUCAAUGGCGUGGAGGGUGAGCGCAGACCAGAACCUAGUUUUUACUCGCCCAUAAUGGUAUUCCUACACAAAGAAGUAAUAGAACAGAUAAGUUCGUUGACUCAAGUAACUUCAGAGGUUGGCAUGUGUCGUGCAUGGAUUCGUUUAAGUCUCAACGAUGGGUUGCUUUCCUCAUAUCUAAAUAACAUGGGCAAGAACUCAUCUUCACUGAGUCCAUACUACAAGAAAUAUGCGUUAAUUAAGGAUACAUCACGUCUGGAGAGAGCAAUUCAUUUGAUAGACAACGUUGAGAGUUUAGCGCAGUUUAAAUUGCCAUAUAAUACCAGUCUUAUGAAUCAAUGGCCGGAUCAAGCUCUACAGCUCUCAGGACUAUGGACACCUACAAUGAAAUCCUGUCCCAUUAGCAGCGGCUUAGAUGUAGCCGGCUCUUUGGUGGAGGAGACAAGAGCAAUACCCAUGCCCCAGCCGUUGUGCACAAAUCAACUCUUUUCAGAAUCUAUAUCUAACAGUCCAUUUCAAAGAAGCACAAAUUUUGCCGCGGACGAGGGGAAUACUCGUAUGAAUGUCGAUCUAUUUUUACAAAAAGUAGAGGAAAUGGAAGAAGAUACAUUAGGCGAGGAGCCAACACUAGUGCAACACUCUCCACUGACUGAUGAAGCGGCUAAGGAAAAUAUUGAAGCAUGUGUGGAAGUCAAUGCAAGUGGCAGUAAUUCUCUUAGUAACCUCAUGCAAAAAUCCUGGUGUUCUGAUAUGAAUUAUGGAGACAGUAAUUCCCAGGAGCGUCCUUUCCACUUUCAACGAUCCCUUAGUUUAACGAGUUCUGCAAGCUCUUUGAGAUCACCUGCAACAGAUCGCUGCAGCUACAAUGCAUUACUACGCAAACAUGAACGUCAACGGGAAGUGGACUGGACCGAGGUGUGGGAAAAGUUUUUGUUACAAAAUACGACAGGAAUUGCAGUUUCGCAGUCCACUAUCAAUUGUGAUGAUGAAUGCGAAUCAAAUAAGUCGGACUUUGAAGUAGUGUCCGGAGGAUCUUUGGAGAAAUUUGACAUACAGGAGUUACAAGAAAUGGUGGAACAGCUAUGCAAAUUGGCUAGAGAGCCUGGAUUGGAUGCUCAGGGAUUCUUGUGCAAAUCAUGUCAACAUCCCUUGGGAAUAGGUUACUCCAACUUUAGAGUUUGUUCAAUUAGUGGAAGCUACUUUUGUGAUAAUUGUAUGGACAUGGAACCCGUCAUUAUACCAGCAAAAAUAAUUUAUAAUUGGGAUUUUCGCAAGUAUGUGGUGUCGAAAAAAGCUGCCUCAUUCCUGGCAGAAUUUCGUACACAGCCAUUUAUUGAUCUUAAGCUUCUUAAUCCAGAUAUAUACAAUGCUUCAGAGGCAAUGGCCGAAUUACAGGCCUUACGUAUUCGACUCAAUUUUAUACGAGCUUAUCUGUGCACCUGUAGCCCCAAGAGCUUUGAAGAAUUGCAACGGUUGUUUUUCGGAAAAGAAUAUUUGUACGAGCACAUUCAUCAGUACUCCAUAGGAGAUUUGGCAAUGAUACAACGUGGUUUGUUGUACCAGAAAUUGCAGAAGGCAUAUAAAGUCGGAGAGGCUCACAUUUUAAAAUGUCCCCUAUGCAGUUUAAAGGGUUUCAUAUGUGAAAUAUGCAAAGGGCCCAAGGUUCUAUAUCCUUUUCACAUCGAAACGACAUACCGCUGUUCAACAUGUGGGUCUGUCUUUCAUGCCGAAUGUUUAAAUGACAACCAACCAUGCCCCAAAUGUGAAAGGCAUCGUAAACGUGUUGCCUUAUUUUCGCCAUCCCCAGAUACUGGCGAGGAGGAAAAGGAAAAUUGAAUAAUUAUUUAAAGUAUACAUUAAAUAUUGUUAUGUGUCGCUCUGUCUUAACUCGGAUAUAAAUAAACCAACGCUUAUUUAUUAACAUAA